AGUUGCCAAUGCCGUCGUCAAAAGCAAUGCGCGUUUACUCGCUGGUCAAAACCUCCACAAAUUCCAAUCAGUCAACUGUGGAGAUUUCACACGGGCCAUCUUUGAGUACGGCCUCGCCGCUGUAGGAGUUUUGCAUGACAACCCGGACUUACACCAUUCGGGAGCAGUGCAUGGCUCGAUGCGACAGACACGCCAUGCAUCCGUGUCCGCCAACUCGCAUUGCUGAGUUCCCACUCCUCAGCCUAAGCUCCCAAGGUGCGAUCCUUCGUCGCUUCUCCGCCUCGGCUCGGCUCAUCCCUCCGAGGCGCUGCAUGAACCGGCAUUCCUAUUGUAAUGUUGUCUUCACGUGCUGCGUGGGAGCUUCGGAUUCGAAGUGCUCUAUAGUGCUGUUGUUUGUGUGGUCAUUUGUAAGUCAGAUGCGUGCUAUCUGGACCAAACAAAGUUUGUUUCGCAAUUCUUGCGCAACCUGAUUUACCAUAAAUGUCAGAGAUCUUAGCGCAGUCUCUGGCAUCGCUGUCGUAGGCGUCAGGCGAGACACUCGCCAGAAUCAUCGCAAUGUCCUCGCGGCACGAACACACAUCAGCACCCGGGCAAGCGAACUGCAUCUCUCCUCUCCUCUAAUCCUCCAAACGUUUCCGAGCGAGUG